GGCGAAUAUUGCAAGGCCGCGAAGACCAGACAAAAUUUCAGGCACAGAGGACUCGACCAACUUAGAGAGUGAGUGAUCAACUAUUCAACAAUAGACUUUUCAAAGCUUUCAAAAUUACAGAAGUAAUACUAGAACCAUGCAUUUUGGAAACAAGGCACUACUUGCUAUUUUGAUUGCCAUCGGUGUAGCUGAAGCAAUAGAUGCAGCUUGCCAAGCUCAAUCGACUUCAGCCCUCAAGAAGAUGCUGCUUUCCGCAGGAGGGACACUGAACCCACAAAUGGUAGCCGUAGAUGAAGCGGGUGCAAGACUCUUUAAAUCACACUUCAGUACUAAAGAUAUCAAUGUUCAGCGAGUAAGAACUUUAAGGAAAAGAAAGAGGGACGGAAAAAGGGAUUUUGAAGAAGAUGUUAUCAUGGAAGAUGAAGAUAUUGAAGAAGACGAUAAUGAUGACAGGAAAAAACGUCGUAAGCGAAGAAGCACAACUCUCGGCAGUUGCUAUGGCCCUGGAGUACCUUUGAAUAACAUGUACUUGCUCUGUCACACCUGCGAUUCAACAACUGUGUUGUCAUCUGACUACUUCCCUCGAUACGUUAAUGAAGUCAUUUGCAACCCCAACAAAACUCCGUCCUGCUUCCACGGACAAGGUCAAUGUACAUCUAACAGCGUCCCCAUUGUAUUCCUAAAGAAGACCGGCAAUUGCGUGACAAGUGGAUCAGGAAUUCUACUGGAAGAGUGGAUGGCAGAAACCAUCAACAUCCGCACUUGUUGCGAAUGUAGGCUGUACCCGGGAUCGUUUCUCAUCCCCUUCACUAUCUGAGCCAGUUGACCAGACCUCCCAAUUUUCGUUUAAAGGAUUAAAUAAUGUGCAUUUAUCAAAUAGACUUAUAAAGAAACAGACAUAUAGAGGACUCCAAUUUGCAUUCGUAUUCACAUAAUCUUAGAUCAAUAAAACACAAUGCUUAUUCUGAGUGCGUAUCUAUCUAAUAUUCAAGACAAGGCUUAGAGCCAAAGUGGCAGGAACUGUGAUAUCAAUUUUAGAUAAAACUGCAAUUGAUAACUUGAA